AUGGCGACGUCAUCAGAUUUUGCGUUGAAAAUUACGAAGUUGAACGGUUCUAACUACCGGAAUUGGGCGUUUAACAUACGGCUUUACCUACAAAGUUUCGAUUUAUACGGACAUGUAGAUGGAUCGGCUGUGAGUCCUGGAGAAGAUGCUAGUGAUGCUGUGAAACAAGCUUUCAGAACUGCUUCGAAGAAAGCAUGGACGUACAUUUGCUUGGCAAUUGAGCCUGGGCAGCAAAUACACGUAAGAGACACUACUACUGCAAAACAAGCCUGGGAUGCGCUCAAAAAUCAAUUUCAACGGGAAUCGAUUUUACAGAAAAUAAGAUUGCGACAACAAUAUUAUACCUGUAAAUUUCAUAGUGGUGGCAACAUGUUAGCGCAUAUAAACAAUAUGAGAUCCCUCCAUGACCAACUGAAGGAAAUGGGCAUCAAUGUCGAUGAUAAAGAAUUGGCGAUGACUUUACUUGGUAGUCUUCCUGAAGAAUUCAAACCUCUGAUCACAGCUUUAGACGCUGUUGGAGAAAAUAAUUUAUCAUAUGAAAAAGUAAAAGGAAUGCUUUUGAAUGAUGUUGAUCGAAAAUCUGAUAUGAAAAAGAAUGAAGAUGCUUUUUCUGCACAGCGUGGUUUUAGUGCAAAAGGAAAAGAUGGUCGCGACAUGGUAACACUCAAGGUGGUGAUGGAAAGUCAAAUUAUCAGAAAGUGAUGGGAAAUCUGAAAGACCCUUUCAUGGUCUUUGUCAUUUUUGUCAUGAGAGAGGGCAUUUUGCAAGAGACUGCCCCAAAAAGAAUCCAAAGAAUAAGAAGUUUGCUAAUGUUGUAAAAGGAGAACAGGAAGAAGAUGUUCACGAGGUCACCAAUCAAGAAGCUUUAUUUACUUCUAAUGACGAUAGCAAUUGUGGUUGGAUCAUAGAUUCAGGUGCCACACAACAUAUGACGUCUGAAAAGAAUCGACUGGUCAAUUAUGUUGAAUUUAAGCAACCUUGUAAAGUGAAUCUUGGCGAUGAUCGCACUAUAUUUGCAUUUGGUAAAGGAGCUUAUAAUCUUGUAGCUGAUUUGGGUAACGGACGUACCCAAAACAUAUACCCAAAACAUUACUCUCAAGGAAGUUCUGUACUUACCUGAUCUGAAGAAGAAUCUGUUAUCUGUCCAAGUAAUGGGAAAGUUAGGUGCAUUAAUUCAAUUUGAUGGUGUCCAAUGCAAGAUAGAGAGAAAUUCAAAGCUGCUAGCUACUGGUGAGCUACAUGGUAAGCUGUACAUGCUGAAGAUUAUUCCUGGAGUGGAGAAUAUCAAUGUUGCGAGAGAAGCAACAGAUAAGAUUUGUGGCAUUGUCAAUUUGGACAUUUAG